AUGGGUAACGCUGUUUCCACUCGGCAAAAAGAAUGGCUUCGGGCUACCGAAAAGCGGAUCAACUUCACAACUUCCAUCCUGGGUUCUAUUCGCAACGUCAAGUUUCUCGGCUUAGCCGAGAUAAUGCGUUCCAAGAUCGAAGCAUUGCGCAUCGAGGAGCUUGAAGUCUCCAAGAAGUUCCGCCGGAUCCAGUCAAUUCGUGUCUGCAUGAUCAACUCCCCUAUAAUCAUCGGUCAGCUUGCGACACUGGCUGCCUAUGCGAUAGUAGCAUUGUUGCAGGACUCUGGGGGCCUUGCCGUCAACCAAGCCAUCACCUCGUUGUCGCUUAUUAGUUUGAUGAUCACACCACUGAGCUACCUCUUGUUGGCGAUUCCAGACACAUUUGCUUCAACAGGUUGCCUGCAUAGAAUCCAGGACUUUCUUAAGAACCAGAAUCGCCUUGAGAAGAGACAGCUUCCUGAGUCCUUGUCGACUCAAUCCACAUCAUUCAGCAACAUCUCUGGUAUUGAGCUGUCUCCUCUCUCACAGCAUCCACACAGCGAGAAAGGUGUGGUCCUAUCUCUACAAAAUGUCAGAUUUGGCUGGAAAUCCCCCUAUGUACCAGAGACAAAUGGUAUCACACUUACACUUAAGGAUGCCCCUUCUGGUAAUCUUGUCAUCCUUGUCGGUCCAGUCGGCUGCGUUGGUCAAGAUUCAUCGCCUACUUACGAUCCUGACUGGUAUCGCACUGUUCUAAGCGCAUGUGCACUGGAUUUGGAUCUUAAGAAGAUGCCGGCGAGCGACGAAACACUCGUCGGCAGUAAAGGCUCUAAGCUGAGUGGAGGUCAGAGACAAAGAAUCGCUAUCGCACGAGCGGUCUAUGCUCGCAAACGUAUUGCUUGCUUUGACGACGUUCUAAGUGGCCUGGACAAUUCCACAGCCCGAACUGUAUUUAACAACGUCUUUGGCUCGGCUGGGCUCCUGCGUCAGUUGGGGAGUACUGUAUUCUUGGCUACUCACAGCACCUAUUGUUUACCCCAGGCUGACUUGAUCAUGGUCCUCGGGGACAAUGGCCAGGUGAUCAAACGAGGCAGCUAUGCCCAACUUCGAGACGACAUUGAUGGCUUCAUUCAUGUGAAUGAUACUCAACCCACACAAGCAGAUGAGCCGGAGGAAGGCGACAAGCCAACAGAUGUGUCUCCGACUCCCACCUCAGACAAUUCUAAUGCUUGUCCUUCCGAAGAUGGCAGUCGACAGACAACUGAGCUGGCCGUAUACAAGUAUUAUUUUUCAGCGCUGGGUUGGUCACGAAUUGCUGCGUGGCUUCUCUUCCUCAUUACAGAAGCCGGUAUGAGCGGAUUCCGGUAUGUAUGGGUCAGCCUUUGGUCCUCCAGCAGCGACCGUACUUCGCGCCUAGGCUACUGGCUUGGACUGUAUGGAGCAUUCUCUGUUGUCCAAGCCCUUGCGCUUGUACUUGCCGUAUUCUGGACAUGGGUCAUCAUUGUCCCAUUUGCCUCCAAGAACCUUCACACAACCGUGCUGCGCACUUGCAUGGGUGCCCCCUUGUCCUUUUUGUCAAACCUCGAGACUGGAGUUCUAGUGACCCGUUUCAGUCAGGACAUGAGGCUAGUUGACAUGAUUCUGCCUCGAGGUUUCAUAUCUACAGGGUUCCAGUUUUUCGGAGCUAUUGCCCAAGGCGCCACUGCCAUAGCCUCAUUGCCCCAUUUGGCAGCGGCUUUGCCCCUUCUCUUUGGAGUUUUGUAUCUGAUCCAGAGGUUUUAUCUCGAGACGUCCCGACAGCUGCGGCUGCUAGAAAUUGAGCUCAAGAGCCCUCUUUACACCCAUUUUAUCGAGUCACUGGCAGGAGUCACCACUAUUCGCGCCUUUGCCUGGACUCAUGCUACGACAAACCGAAUGCUUUCUUUGCUAGACACCGCCCAUCGGCCCUACUACCUUCUCCUGUGUAUCCAGCGCUGGCUGAGUCUCGUGCUCAAUCUGAUUGUGGCCGGCAUAACAGUCCUUCUUGUCGGAGCGUCUGUCGCUCUUCGCUCUCAUCUGGACCCAGGACUUCUGGGAAUUGCCCUUGUAAUGAUGAUGGAUCUGGGACUCGUUCUAUCAGCGCUUAUUCAAAACUGGACGUUGUUUGAAACAUCACUGGGGGCCAUUUCACGCAUCAAAGACUUUGCCGAGGAGACUCCUCUUGAAGAGAGUAACAUGGCCAUUCAGACUCAUGAUGGCCUCUCUGAAUGGCCGAUGAGCCCUGUGCUUGAAUUCGUAGACGCAGGAAUUGCUUGGGAUAUUGGUGACAAGAAGCCUUUACUCAACGGCAUUAACCUUCGAAUUGCAGCCGGACAGAAGUUCGGUCUGUGUGGCAGAACCGGAAGUGGCAAGAGUACAUUGGCACUAUCCCUCCUCCGUCUCAACGAGCUGGUAUCCGGCCAAAUUCUCAUCGAUGGACAAGAUAUCUCGUUGAUGACCAGAUCAUCAAUCCGACAACGCAUUAGCUGUCUCAGCCAAGAACCUUUCAUUUUCCCCGGUACCGUCAGGGAAAAUGCCGAUCCACUGGGCAAAGUUUCGAACACGCAGAUUGUUGAUGCCCUGCAAUCUGUGGGGGUCUGGAGCAUCCUUGCAGCAAGCCACAGUAGCACCGACGAAGAGGUGCUGGCGUCAAGACUAGAUGAAAGCAUUCUAUCGCAGGGCCAAAAGCAGCUUUUCUGUCUGGCCAGAGCUCUGCUGAAGAGGAGCAAAAUCUUGAUUUUGGAUGAACCAACGAGCAGCCUGGACCCUGAAACGGAUGCCAAAGUGCAGAAUGUCAUACGGGAGUUGUUCAAUGGCUGCACGAUCAUCAUGGUGGCGCAUAGGAUCCACACAUUGCUUGACUUCGAUCAAGUUGCUGUUCUGAACAGUGGUCAGAUCGCGGAGGUGGGACAUCCUCGUGAUUUACUCAAUAAUCCCACUGGGGAAUUUUCGAAGCUGUUGAACCUCGAGUCGUGA